AUGUUCCGACAACUACUUAUCGUCCGCCUUCUCUUUCUACUUCCCCUCGCUUUAUCGAGAACCGACCAUAAACGAGAACUCAAGAAUCUCCUCAAACUGAAAUCCACAUUUCAUGAACCAGAAUCAAAGAGCGUCUUCGCCACCUGGACUCACCUGAACUCAGCUUGUGAAUUCUCCGGAAUCACCUGCAACUCCGGCCGAAACGUCAUCGAGAUCAACCUCGAAAGCCAGAGUCUGACCAACGGAGGUAAUAACACUAGUCCCCAUCUUCCUUUUGAUUCAAUCUGCGACUUGAAGUUUCUCGAAAAGCUUCUUCUUGGAAACAACUCCUUGCGCGGCAAGAUUCUCAAGAAUCUCAGGAGAUGUAAGCGUCUUAGAUACUUAGACCUAGGAAUCAACAACUUCUCAGGCGAGUUUCCGGCGAUUGAUUCUUUAAGGUUACUAGAGUUUUUAAGCUUAAACGCCUCAGGAAUCUCCGGGAGGUUCCCUUGGAAGUCUCUGAAACGCUUGAAGAGGUUGAGUUUCUUGAGCGUCGGAGAUAACCGGUUCGACCCUCAUCAAUUUCCAGGGGAGAUUCUAAAACUCAGAGUUUUGAGUUGGCUUUACAUGAGCAACAUCAGCAUCACCGGUGAGAUUCCAGAGAGAAUCAAGAACCUUGUUCUCUUACAAAACCUUGAGCUCUCAGAUAACAAAAUCUCCGGUGAGAUUCCAAAGGGAAUAGUUCAGCUUAGAAACCUUAAGCAGCUUGUGAUUUACAGCAAUUUCUUGACUGGCAAGUUACCAUUAGGGUUUGGAAAUUUGACGAAUCUGAAGUACUUUGAUGCAUCUAACAACUCGCUAGAAGGUGAUUUGUCAGAGCUAAGGUCGUUAAAGAACCUCGUAUCUCUCGGCUUAUUCGAAAACCGAUUCACCGGUAUGAUCCCUAAAGAGUUUGGAGAUUUCAAGAGUUUAGCUGCUUUGUCUCUUUACAGAAACAAUCUCACUGGGAAGCUUCCGGAGAAACUCGGAUCUUGGACAGGUUUUAAAUACAUAGACGUGUCUGAGAACUUUUUAGAAGGUCAGAUUCCUCUUGAUAUGUGCAAGAAAGGCGCAAUGACGCAUCUUCUGAUGUUGCAGAACAGGUUCACAGGACAGUUUCCAGAGAGCUAUGCUGAAUGCAAGACUCUGAUACGUAUCCGUGUAAGCAAGAACUCUCUCUCUGGUGUGGUUCCUUAUGGGAUUUGGGGUUUGCCUAAUCUCCAGCUUCUUGAUCUUGCUUCUAACCGUUUUGAAGGACCUUUCACUGAGGAUAUUGGUAAUGCCAAGUCUCUUGGCUCUUUAGACUUGAGCAGCAAUAGAUUCUCAGGUUCUAUACCGUCUCAGAUCUCAGGAGCUAGCUCGCUAGUGUCGGUGAAUAUUCGCAUGAACAAGUUUUCCGGGAUAGUACCUGACUCUUUGGGAAAGCUUAAGGAGCUUUCAAGUCUCAUUCUUGACAAGAACAGCCUCUCUGGUGCUAUACCAGAGUCAUUAGGUUUGUGUGCAUCUUUGGUUGAUCUAAACCUAGCUGGAAACUCACUCUCUGGGAGAAUCCCUGAAUGUUUAGGAUCUUUACGGUUAUUAAAAUCUCUUAAUCUGUCAGGAAACAGACUAACUGGGUUGAUUCCGGUUGGUUUGUCGUCUCUUAAGCUGAGCUUACUUGACUUAUCCAACAACGAGUUGUCUGGUUCUGUUCCUGAAUCACUCAUAAGUGGAGCCUUUGUAGGAAACUCAGGUUUAUGCAGCUCAAAGAUAUCAUAUCUUCAGCCAUGUGUAGGACCUCGAGGUUACAAUGGGACAGGAAAACACUUGUCUAAACUGGAGAUAUGUUUUAUCAUUGCUGCAGCACUUGUUCUGUUUCUUUUAUUCUGUUACGUGAUCUACAAGGUAAAUAAAGAUAGGUUUAAUCCCACGGCUCAGAAGAAGAAUGACUGGUUAGUGAGCUCAUUCCGGUUACUUAACUUGAAUGAAAUGGAAGUCAUCGAUGAGAUCAAGCCAGAGAAUCUCAUAGGCAGAGGUGGUCACGGGGAUGUCUACAAAGUAACCUUAAGAAACGGUGAAACCCUAGCUGUUAAGCACAUCUUGAGAAGAGAUACUUGCAACGAAAGUUUCAGAAGCUCAACGGGAAUUUUGUGUAACCGAGAAUUUGAGGCAGAAAUUGCAAUAUUGAGCAAUAUAAAACACAUAAACGUUGUGAAGUUGUUCUGCAGCAUAACGAGUGAGGACAGUAAGUUACUUGUCUAUGAGUUUAUGACUAAUGGAAGUUUGUGGGAGCAGUUGCACGAGCGCCGUGGUGAGCAAGAAAUUGGAUGGCGUGUGAGAAAAGCAAUAGCUUUAGGAGCUGCUAAAGGGUUGGAGUAUCUGCACCAUGGAUUAGAUAGGCCUGUGAUACAUCGUGACGUGAAGUCUAGUAAUAUAUUGCUUGAUGAGGAGUGGAGACCGAGGAUUGCUGAUUUUGGAUUGGCUAAAAUCAUUCAGUCUGAUUCGGUUCAACGAGAUGUCUCUGCUUCUCUCAUUGUAGGAACCCUCGGCUACAUGGCCCCUGAAUAUGCAUACACAACUAAAGUGAACGAGAAGAGCGACGUUUACAGCUUUGGAGUCGUGCUAAUGGAGUUGGUAACGGGGAAGAGGCCAGUAGAGGUUGAAUUCGGUGAGAACAGAGACAUCGUCGCGUGGGUUUGGAGCAGGAGCAAGGAGAUGAACAAAGAGAAGAUGAUGGUGUUAAUCGACCCGGUCAUAGAAAAUGAAUACAAGGAGGAUGCUCUUAAAGUAUUGACUAUUGCUUUGUUAUGUACGGACAAGUCUCCUCAGAUUAGACCGUUUAUGAAAUCAGUGGUUCGUAUGCUGGAGACAACAGGGACUUCUUAUAAUAAAAGCCACGGAGAAGCAAGUCACGGUGUGAGUGAUAGUGUUGAGAUUACUGAAGGUUUUUAG